UAGCACAGACGCAGACUAUCAUAGAUUUACUAAUGCAGACUAUUCAUUUUAAGUCUUGGGGGAUCAUGCAGGAGCGCAUGCGCACCAUGGGCCCGAACCACUGCUUGUUUUCCCAGCUUCGCAUCUUCGGGCUUUGUCGUUCACCUCCGUCGCUAGUUGUUGCUCGUCCGAGGUCUGAGCGAUGAUUGACAAUAAUGGCGACGCGCUCAUUCUGAGUUGACUCCCGGGGAAGCACCUCUGGCCGACGAAGGGGACGUCUCGGAGGCACCGUCCGCGACACACAACACAACCAAGGAUAAACAACAACAACAACAACAACAACUAAAAAAGAGGACCACGGUCGCCUCAGCGGUGGAGCCCGGAGAGGUGUACCUCGCUAGCAUUGCGAUAGCUAGCAACUCGCAUCGCUAGCUUGCUAAGUUGAGGAGGUGGUGUUCUUGUGUGCGUGGGGCGAGUGGAGGAGAGGGACGGGGAGCUCCGGGUGGUUAGGACGGGCUCUUGUGGUCGAUUGGUGUCGUAUUCUCGGCGGCUAAACUGAGCAGGCACCGGCGCACAGUUGGCGUUAGCUCGUGGGGGGUAGCUCUGUAGUCCCACAGCCUCCUUAGGUAGCUAGCUUAGCUCCUCGGCUAGCUGGCUAGCUUUGUCCCAGUCUCUCUGCCGUUGCCACUUGUGUGCGGCGACUUGUCCACCGGCGCGCCGACAGCUGGCUAGCAAAGCCUCUGCUAGCUCGCCAACUUUCUAACAUUUGCUGCGGUGGCAUUGUGACGACCGCUUAGUUUAUAUAAAAAAAAAAGAAAGAAAGAAAAGAAAAUGACCACCGGCAGGAACAACCGGGCGAUGAUGGAAGGCGUCGGGGCGAGGGUGGUGCGCGGACCCGACUGGAAGUGGGGCAAGCAGGACGGGGGAGAGGGACAUGUUGGCACCGUGAGGAGUUUCGAAAGUCCAGAGGAGGUGGUGGUUGUCUGGGACAACGGGACGGCUGCUAACUACCGGUGUUCCGGAGCGUACGACGUGAGGAUACUGGACAGUGCACCGACAGGCAUCAAGCAUGAUGGAACCAUGUGUGACACCUGCCGUCAACAGCCCAUCAUAGGCAUUCGCUGGAAAUGUGCUGAAUGCACCAAUUACGACCUCUGCACAACCUGUUACCAUGGAGAUAAGCAUCACCUGAGACACCGGUUCUACAGGAUCACCACCCCAGGCAGUGAGAGAGUACUUUUGGAGUCACGCCGCAAGUCAAAGAAAAUCACCGCCAGAGGGAUCUUCACUGGUGGUCGGGUGGUGAGAGGAGUGGACUGGCAGUGGGAGGACCAGGAUGGAGGCAACGGGAGGAGAGGAAAGGUGACGGAGAUCCAGGACUGGAGUGCAGCCAGCCCUCACAGCGCUGCCUACGUAUUGUGGGACAAUGGGGCCAAGAACCUGUACAGAGUUGGAUUUGAGGGAAUGUCGGACCUGAAAUGUGUCCAGGAUGCCAAAGGAGGCUCGUUUUACAGAGACCACUGUCCUGUUCUGGGGGAGCAGAAUGGCAACAGGAAUCCUGGAGGUCUUCAGAUUGGAGACCUGGUCAACAUUGACUUAGACCUAGAGAUUGUCCAGUCCCUCCAACAUGGCCACGGUGGCUGGACUGACGGCAUGUUCGAGACCCUCACCACCACUGGCACAGUGUGUGGCAUCGAUGAGGAUCACGACAUCGUGGUGCAGUACCCCAGUGGGAACAGAUGGACGUUCAACCCAGCUGUGCUGACAAAGGCCAAUGUGGUGCGCAGCGGUGAAGUUGCAGCCGGGGCAGAGGGAGGCAGCUCCCAGUUCCUGGUGGGAGACCUGGUCCAGAUUUGCUACGACAUUGACCACAUCAAGCUGCUACAGAGAGGCCAUGGAGAGUGGGCUGAAGCCAUGCUGCCUACCUUAGGAAAGGUGGGCCGUGUGCAGCAAAUCUACUCUGACAGUGACCUGAAGGUCGAGGUCUGUGGAACUUCGUGGACAUACAAUCCUGCUGCUGUCACCAAGAUCGCCCCCUCUGGCUCUGCUGUCAGCAACGCCUCUGGAGAGCGUCUAUCUCAGUUGCUGAAGAAACUGUUUGAGACGCAGGAGUCCGGAGACAUCAACGAGGAGCUCGUUAAGGCAGCAGCCAAUGGAGACCUGGCCAAGGUGGAGGACAUUCUCAAGAGACCGGAUGUGGACGUGAAUGGGCAGUGUGCUGGACACACUGCAAUGCAGGCGGCCAGUCAGAAUGGUCACGUGGAUGUCCUGAAGUUGCUGCUUAAACACAAUGUGGACCUGGAGGCUGAGGACAAAGAUGGAGACCGGGCGGUGCACCAUGCAGCCUUUGGCGAUGAGGGCUCCGUCAUUGAGGUGCUGCAGAGGGGUGGUGCCGACCUGAACGCCAGGAACAAGCGAAGGCAGACUCCAUUACACAUAGCUGUCAACAAAGGCCACCUGCAGGUGGUCAAAACCCUGCUGGAAUUUGGCUGCCACCCUAGCCUCCAGGAUUCGGAGGGUGACACUCCCCUGCACGAUGCCAUAAGCAAGAAGAGAGACGACAUGCUGUCGGUGCUGCUGGAGGCCGGCGCGGAUGUCACCAUCACAAACAAUAACGGAUUCAACGCCUUGCAUCACGCUGCCCUGCGAGGAAACCCCAGUGCCAUGCGCGUGCUGCUGUCCAAACUGCCGAGGCCUUGGAUCGUGGACGAGAAGAAGGACGACGGUUACACCGCACUGCACCUGGCUGCCCUCAACAAUCACGUGGAGGUGGCUGAGCUGCUGGUGCACCAGGGCAGUGCCAGCUUAGACAUCCAGAAUGUCAACCAGCAGACAGCAUUACACCUGGCGGUGGAACGCCAGCACACCCAGAUAGUCCGGCUGUUGGUGCGCGCCGAGGCCAAGCUCGACGUGCAGGACAAGGAUGGGGACACGCCACUUCACGAGGCACUGCGUCACCACACACUGUCCCAACUGCGACAACUCCAAGAUAUGCAGGAUGUCAGCAAAGUGGAGCCCUGGGAACCUUCCAAGAACACCUUAAUCAUGGGCCUGGGCACCCAGGGGGCAGAGAAAAAGAGUGCGGCAUCCAUCGCCUGCUUCCUGGCAGCUAAUGGAGCAGACUUGACCAUUCGUAACAAGAAGGGCCAGUCCCCUCUGGACCUGUGUCCUGACCCCAGCCUCUGCAAGGCUCUGGCCAAAUGUCACAAAGAGAAGAGCAGUGGCCAGGUGGGCACCCGCAGCCCGUCUCAGAACAGCAACAUCGAGUCGCUGGAGGAGUGCAUGGUGUGUUCGGACAUGAAGAGAGACACUCUGUUCGGGCCCUGCGGACACAUCGCCACCUGCUCCCUCUGCUCGCCACGUGUCAAAAAGUGUCUCAUCUGCAAGGAUCAGGUCCAGUCAAGAACCAAGAUUGAGGAGUGCGUAGUCUGCUCUGACAAAAAAGCAGCAGUGUUGUUCCAGCCCUGUGGCCACAUGUGCGCUUGUGAGAAUUGUGCUAGCCUCAUGAAGAAGUGCGUACAGUGUCGGGCUGUGGUCGAACGCCGCACCCCGUUCGUUCUGUGCUGUGGAGGGAAAGGUAUGGAGGAUGAUGAUGCCGCUGAUGAUGAUGAUGAUGAUGAUGAUGAUGAUGAUGAUGAUGACAUUACAGGGAGCACUAACACUAUGGCAGGGGGAUCGCAGGAUCUUCUCCAGCCCAACAAUCUGGCACUAAGUUGGUCCAGCGGAAACAUCCCAGCCAUGCAGAGAGACAAGGACAACACUAACGUCAACGCCGAUGUACAGAAGCUACAGCAACAGCUCCAAGACAUCAAGGAGCAGACCAUGUGUCCGGUGUGUCUGGACCGGCUGAAGAACAUGAUUUUCAUGUGCGGCCACGGCACCUGCCAGCUGUGCGGGGACCGAAUGAGCGAGUGUCCCAUCUGCCGCAAGGCCAUUGAGCGCCGCAUCCUCCUCUACUAGAUCCCACCACGGACUCUCUCGCUGACUCUCUCGCUUCUCUUAAAGUUCACAAAAAAACCACGCCCGCAAGGCCACAACCACACCAGCUGCCGCUGCUGCCGCCACCGCUGCUACUGCUACUACUGCUGCUGCUGCUCGACCAUCCUCACAGCACCCAAGUCAGCCAGCCAAGGGCGUCCUCAAAUGUCUUAGUCCACACAACAAAUGCUCUCUUCGUGGUCUGACUCUGUUCACAUGGAAUUUCUGUUACAAGGAAAAAAUAUGACUCGACUUCACCAGAUCUGCGAUUUUGGCAUGUUUCUCUUCUCUUACCAUCCCCUCCUCAUCUCUUAAUCUGUUUUUACUUCUCAUGUGAAACUUCUUUUCUCUCUCGGGAGUCUGCAGUGGCACCAUCAGACUCACGAUCUUGGAUAUGAACUCAAGGCGGUCAGUCCCCUUGCCUGGAUUUCACCGCCUGGAAUAGCUUUGAGAUACCAGACCAGAUCCGCAGGUGUAGAGGAGAGGAGGUCGGGCCGCUGCCUUUGUUGUAAAGUUCUCACGCAUCUGUCGCAGCCAAGUUUUAUUGUAUCUGUAUUUUUUUAUUCAAGCAUAUUGGUAUCGAAAAGCUCCUGAUGUGGAUUUUAAAGUAGUUAUGUUGUCAUCACAGUAUGGUAAUUUUGUGACAUCACUGUUUGCCCCAUUUACAGGUUCGGCGAGUGUUCUUGGCUUCACGUCUGUGCUCAGUUUGUGACACACUGACACACUGUCCUCGCAACUGAAGAGCAGAUGUUGGCAGUUUUGCACUAGAAAAGCCGAGUCAGGGUAAAAGCUCUUUUACACACUCGGAGGCCCCGCCCUCCGUCCGGUGAUAAAAACACAAGAGCAGUCUUGACUGCCAGGUAGCAAGCCACACCCGUACUUUGUUUACCAAGCCGUACCAGGAGCGCCGCCGGCGUUGCGACACGCUUUUGGCUCCGUAUUCGAGAGCCGCCGUGUAGAUUUUCAAGACAAACACACAGACUGAUUCAGCUUCUGUCCAGUGAGCGGCCGCCGUCGUACCUGUUUGUCGUACACACAAACCCACACGAUGCAAAUGUUUCUGUAGCGAGUCUCCCGUCACUAAUUGUUUUAGCUGUUUUUGAGACCCGGUGGUAUUGUCUGACAAAAAAAAUUGUACAAUUCAAUGAGCAUUGCUAAUUUACCAUUGAUGACUAUGUGCCAUUUGCUUCCAAAAAAUGUACCGGUUUAAUGACUUGUAUGGGGAUAAGGUGCUCUUUAUCUUGUAUUACUUUACUUAAUUAAUUUAAGUCUAUUUUCCUUUUUCAACAAAAUCCACAUUUAUUGAGCUAUAGAGUACAAUCUAUUAGAAACACUAAGAAUGAAAAUGUAGAAUAAAUUAUUUUGUAUUGCUGCCCACAAAAAUAGGAUCUAUAGGUCUCACUGCCUUUCCUAAUAUGUAGCCUCAAAAUCUCUCAAACAUUCUGCUUUGAUAUUAAUGUUGAGAUACGUUUGUGAUGUUUGUUUAUUUUAUUCUAUUUUUGUUUUGCUUUUUGUUGUCAGUAGCUUUCUAGUGAAAAAAGAUCGAAGCGAUUUUUUCCUCUGAUACAGAAAAAAAAGACUUGAGUAAAUGUCGAGUAAAUGUCGAGUAUCUUUAACCAGUAUUUUCUUUGGGAAGAAAGCUAAUGAUUCUUUCAUAUAUAUAUGUUUUUUUUUAAGACAGAACUUGCCUUACCACUUUUAAAAGGCAGUUGCCCAUGUGGAGACUCAGCAAGGUGGUUAGCUUGCUCCGCUAUGUGGGAAUUUGCAACCGCCUUAAAUGAUCCCCCCCCCCAUUUCUCUGUUUAGGACUGAAAACUUUUUCCAAGGACAGAUUUGAUUCUUUCCACUGAUAACACUUUAAGCUAGAAGAACUAAUACGCUUUAUGGUAGUGUUGUCUUGUCAUGGUUGUUUAUGAAAAAAAAGCCUAUUUUGUACUUUAAUUUCAAUCCCUGUAAUUGUCCCGUUGGAAAUGUAUCUGUAGUAUUUUUUUCUUUUUGGCAUGAAUGUUUGACAUACGCAGUACGACAUGUAUCAUGAAAAACAGUUCGGUCAGUACUGCUAAAUAAGUGCUUUUUAAAACAACCGUAUAGCUGGAAUAAAGAUCUCAAUGAAC